AUAACAUAUCAUCUUUCUUUCUUCUUCAUUUCCAUAUAUCAUAACUUCAAUCGUAAAAAACUGAUCAUAACGAUCACGAAAAAUGCAUCGAUUCGUGACAUCGAGUUUAAGGUUACGAUCAGCAAGAGAACAACUCUCUCGAUGUCACGUUCGUUAUUUUUCUCGACUACAUGAACAUGUUACAUCUUUAUCAGACAAUGAAGAAGAAUCCAUACAUAAUGUUCCUACGAUACCGCCUUUUGAAUACUCUCCACCGCGAUAUACGGGGCCUAAAGCCGAAGAGAUUGCUCGUAAACGUAAAGAGUUCCUUAGCCCUUCUAUGUUUUGCUUCUACAAGAAACCCUUGAAUAUUGUCCAUGGAAAGAUGCAAUAUCUGUUUGAUGAAAAUGGGCGAAGAUACCUUGACGGAUUUGGAGGAAUUGCUACAGUGAAUUGUGGGCAUUGUCACCCCGAUGUGGUCCGAGCCAUCAUAAACCAAACCACCAACAUACAACACUCGACCAUUCUGUAUCUUAACCAUGCCAUUGCUGAUUUCGCCGAAGCCCUUGCCUCCAAGAUGCCCGGCGAUCUUAAGGUGGUGUUCUUUACAAAUUCGGGUACUGAGGCAAAUGAGUUAGCCAUGAUGAUUGCAAGGUUGUACACAGGGUGUCAAGACAUUAUAUCGUUAAGGAAUGCAUACCAUGGGAAUGCAGCUGGGACAAUGGGCGCGACCGCAAUGUGUAACUGGAAAUUCAAUGUUGUUCAGAGUGGAGUGCACCACGCACAAAAUCCGGACCCUUAUAGAGGAGCAUUCGGGUUGGAUGGAGAAAAGUAUGCCAAAGAUGUUGAAGAUUUGAUUCGGUUUGGAACCUCGGGUCAAGUUGCUGGUUUUAUUUUUGAAGCCAUUCAGGGGGUGGGAGGAAUCGUUGAACUGGCGCCGAAUUACAUGACUAGUGUUCAUAGUACCGUUAAGAAGGCAGGAGGGCUUGUAAUUGCCGACGAGGUUCAAUGUGGAUUUGCGCGAACUGGAAGCAACUUUUGGGGAUUUCAGAACCAUGACAUAGUACCCGACAUAGUCACAAUGGCAAAGGGCAUCGGAAAUGGGAUUCCCCUUGGUGCAGUAGUGACAACCCCAGAGAUUGCAAAGGUUUUAACUCGUAGAAAUUACUUCAAUACAUUUGGAGGAAACCCCGUGAGUACUGCUGCAGGUCAUGCGGUUCUUAAAGUUAUCGAGAAAGAAAAACUUCAAGAAAACGCACAUAUUGUUGGAUCAUAUUUGAAAGAACGUCUCAAUUCCCUUAAAGAUAAACACGCAAUUAUUGGAGAUGUGCGAGGAAGAGGCUUGUUACUCGGAGUAGAACUUGUCACUGAUCGCGGGCUAAAAACACCAGCAAUUGCAGAAGUAUUAGAAGUUAUGGAUAGCAUGAAAGAUAUGGGAGUAUUGAUAGGCAAAGGUGGGUUUUAUGGUAAUGUUUUUAGAAUUACUCCUCCACUUUGCUUCAACAAACAAGAUGCAGAUUUUCUUGUGGAUGUUAUGGACUAUUCAAUGUCUAAGCUUUGAAGACAUUAUGGACUAAUGCAUAGCUACGUUGGUUAUUUGUUGGUUCUAAGGUGUUAAAUUAUUUUUAUGUAACGAAAAUGAUGCAUAUAUAUAAUUGUGUAUGAAGAGCCGACAUCUCGUCGUCUCUCUAAAAGUCUUUGUUUUACUGGAAUAAAGAAGUCAUUUCAAUA